CUCAACUGACUAUAUAAUGGGAUGGGGUUCCUUUGGAGAAAAACCAACGACUUGUGCCUCCUCUCUAUUUCAUCUCACAAAGUGAAGUUUGGAAGAAAUAAAAAAGAGAAACUUGAAAAAGGGUGUGGGUGUAGGUACAACUUCUCCUAGCUUGUAGCUCGCGGGCAGUGAUCAUGGACACCACCACGAAAGCAGCCUUCAUGAAUUCUAAGCUGCUAGCACUUGCGUCAUCUGGCUCUUAUGUGAAACUAAGAUACCUUCUUGACUGGCAAGACAUAGAAGCCGAUGGAUUGACGCUCCUGGAGGGAGUAACAGCUGAAGGUGACACUGCACUCCAUGUGGUGGCUGCAUAUGGCCAGGGUUCUACCUUCUUGCCCAGGUACAAAAAAUUAAUUAGUUCCAAUGAGAAAGACACGCUUCAUACCCAAGAACAUUAUGCUGAACGCGAAGCAUUCGAUGCCAUAUAUGGCGAUGGUGAGAAUUUCCUGGAGAGUGCUAAGAUCAUCUACGAGAAAGCGAAGCACCUCCUCCUCAAGCCGAACAAGGAGGGUGACACGCCUCUGCAUUGCGCUGCACGGUCAGGGAAACGUAGCAUGGUCUCUUGUCUCAUUGAUCUCGCUGAGGACGACAAGUUGGAACUUCUGCGGAAAGAAAACAAGAACAGGGAAACAACCUUGCAUGAGGCUGUCCGCGUUGGGAACAAAGAUAUAGUUAAGCUGCUACUGGAGAAGGACUCGGAAUUGGCCAAUAUUCCUGAGGACGCCGCAUCACCUCUGUACCUAGCCAUAGUGCUAAAACAUGAUUCAAUCACGGAGAUGAUCUAUAGUAACAGUGAUAAGAAGAAGCUUUCCUACUCGGGACAAAAUGGGCAAAAUGCAUUGCAUGCUGCCAUUCUCCGAGACGAAGAUCUUACAAAAAAAUUGUUAGAAUGUAACAAGGACCUUACCACACAAAGGGACGAAAAUGGGAGUACACCUCUUCAUUUUGCGGCAGCAGUAACACUUGGGCCAUUCGGGAGUUCAGUCGUUUGUAAGGAAGUAUUGAGAGCUGAUGCUGAUGCCUUAUAUCAACCAGACCAUGCUGGCUUAUUCCCCAUACACGUCGCUGCCUCCGUAGGUGCUCUUGGGAACAUCCACUGGUUUUUUUACCAGAGACCCAGUAGCGUCGGUUUGCGUGAUUCUAAGGGGAAGACAUUCCUUCAUGUUGCUGUUGAGAAAAACAAAAUGUGCAUAGUCUAUUGGGCCUGCUGGGAACCUUCAGUAUCAUGGAUUAUGAAUAUGCAAGACGAUGAUGGAAACACCGCACUUCACCUAGCUGUGGAGGCAGGGAGCCUUCGUAUGUUUUGUUAUUUAUUGGGGAAUCGACAAGUAAACUUAAAUUUAGUAAACAGAAAAGGGAGAACUCCACUAGAUAUAGCACAAUCUAAGAUUCCCCAAGGAGGAUUGUAUUCUCAGCAGAAUAGCGAAGCACUAAUAUUCCGUGAACUCGGACUUGCUGGUGCUAUGAAGGGUGUUCGUCGUACGGAUCGCUUGGAUGAUAUCGAUACUAGUAGAGUAAGAGAUGAUGGAAUUGACAUAAUCGAGGUGCUGAAAGACUCGACGCAAACUCUGUAUAUCGGCUCAGUUCUUAUAGCAUCGGUGACAUUUGGUGCAACUUUUGCUGUGCCUGGAGGUUAUAUAGCUGAUGAUCACACGAAUGGGGGCACUCCAAUAUUUUCUCGGACAUAUGCUUUUGACGCAUUCGUCGUUUCCAACACAUUGGCCUUCAUUUUUUCGGUGACGGCUACCAUUGCUCUCAUGUAUUCUGGAUCUCCUAUGCAUAACCGUGAAAGUCGCAAAGUCCACUUCCACAUAGCCGCAUACUCCCUCGCACUUUCGGUUAAAUGCUUGGCAUCUACCUUUGCACUUGGUGCGUAUGUGGUGCUAGCUCCGGUUGCUCAUAGAACUGCAGUCGCAACAGGCGUCCUGAGUUGUCUUGUUCUGCUAUAUGACAACCUGGACUUUUUCUGGAGACGCCUUCUUCUUCUAGCAGCGGCACGUAAAAGAAAGGGGCCAAUUUCCGCGUUGCUAUGGUUCACAGGUUUUUUAGUGGCUAAUUCUCUAUUCAGCUUUUGGCCAUUGAUAUUUAUCUUUGGUUGGGCCGCAAAUGCAAGCCCCACUCCAAAAAUGGAGCCCUGAAGAAGGAUCAACAAAUAUGUGGUCACACCAGACGAGACAUGAAGCAGUAGCAUUCUUAUAUUUAGUAAGAUGUGCUUUCUGCCUGCCCGCGGCAAAAAUGUAUCUAUCACCUGCAUUAUGAUUUUUGAGACACUUGAUUGAAUAUGAUGUUUAUCCCUUGCAA